CUGAUAGUAGGCUGUCCAGUUGUGUGUGUAACAGCACAGCAACAUAGAAUAGCUUAUUGCAUUAUAAAAUAGUACACACUGUGUGUUAUUUUAUAUAGCUGUAAUGUUGGAAUCAAUGAUCUAUUGCACCCAGUUGCUUCUUUGCUGCCCUGAAUAGCUGCCUAAAUUGUGUCAUUUUGCUUGACAAAACAUUUUGUUUUAGACAUAACACUAUAAAAAUGGAAAGAAACAAACAUGGAGGAGGUCCACCCAAAAGGGGUGGAAAAGUGAAAUCAAUGGCACCUUUGCAUGGUGAUUUGAUUGCUCUGGGUGCCAAAGGCAGUUCAAGAAUGGAUAUGGAUUCAAAGCACCAGCCACCAGCCCAGAUGAAGCCAACCACCAUGCUGCUGUCUAAACCGGAGAAGAAGAUGGAGGCAGGAGGAUCUGGGAUGUUGAAAAAGCCAAAGUCUCAGCUGGGCAUGCCUUCAAGUGUAAGACCAGUAGACAGACAGGCGUCCCGGCCGGAGACGGAGGCGUGGCUGGCGGCGGCCGUCGAGCUGCCGCCCUCGGCCGACCUGGUGGCCGCCGUGGCCGAGGCCGACUUUCUGCGCGCCGAGGGCCUGCUGUGCGGCGCCGUGCGCCAGCUGCACGCGCAGCGCGCCAAGCCGGACCCGGCGCUGACGCUCAGCCUGCUGCUGGUGGCCAAGACGCAGCCGGCCGCCUUCUGCACGGAGACGGCGCUGGCGGCCGUCUGUUCGCUGCUCCGGCGAGACGCCGCCGCCAGCUUCAAGUCCAAGGGCAACCCGCAGGUGCAGGUGCUGGCCGCCAACCUGCUCUACUGGGUCUUCAGGGACGAGCCGCACUGGAAGGAGAUGUUCGUCAGGGUUUACCUGGAUGAUGCGGCCGGCGACCGUCUGUGGGUGGACAGCGAGGAGUGCCGGCCGUUCGUCGAGAACGUGCUGACUGCGUUCGGCACGCGGCUGGCGCCCAAGUCGAUGCUGCAGCCGGAUGUGACGCUGGCCGGCCGGCCCGACUGCCCGUCACCGCCCGGCGCCGCCUCUUCCUCCAGUUCGAUGCAGGGCAAUGACGACGACGACAGUCUGGGGAUCAGCAUCGUUCUCGACGACAAAUCGGGACACACCGUGAAGCCGAGGUACGAGACCCAGGGGGAGCGGGUGCGCGCGCUGGUGCUGGACGCCGUCAAAGAGUACAUCGGGCCGCGGAAGCAGCCGAUUGAGACUGUGACCAGGAACAUCCUGCGGCUGCUGGCCUCCGUCUGCGGCAUCCCUGAGGUGCGGCAGCGGGUGGUCUCCCGACUCGAGGUGUGGCUGCAGAACCCCAAGUGGUCGCGGCCCGCCCAGGAGCUGCUCGUCUCGCUCUGCUCCAACCUGACGGCACACACCCAGUUCGAUGUGGACGUCAUCUCGCAGCUGGUCAAGUUCCGCAUCAAGGCCAAGCCCAUCGUCAACCUCUACCUCAGCUGCAUGAGGGAGCUGCUGGCCGCUCACCCGGACAACAUGGCCACGCUGCUGAAGCACACCAUCUACAACGAGCUGUCGCAGACGCGGAACCCGCACAACAUGGCCGUGCUGUCGGCCGUGUUCCAGCACUCGGGCCACCAGGCGGCUGGCGUGCUCGCAGACGUGUUCCUGGAGCUGCUGAUGAACAAGGAGGAUUACUAUCUGCGCGUGCUGCGGCCGCUGUGGCGCGAGAUUUGCCGCUCGCUCCGAUACGAGGUCGACUUCCUCAAGUUCUGCUCGGGACUCUUCCAGGAGAGAAAGGACGCGGCGUUCCGCGAGUUCGAGUUCCGUGAGCGGUACGUGAACUCUGUGUGCGACCUCGUCUCGCUGAGUAUCCUGCUGGCCAUCACCGGUCCGGUGAAGGAGGCGGCCACCACCCGGCCGGGCGAGAGCCGCAACACGGCGCCGCUCACGGCGUACCAGAAGAUGGUGUCCCUGAUCCAGCGGGAGGCGGCGCAGUGGCUGCACACGGCUGUGCCCGACAUGGUCGUCAAAAACUGGCCCGAGUUUCCACACUGCGUGUACAAGGUGCUGUUCAUGGAGCCGGCAGAGGCCUACCACAAACACGACAACUGGCCGCCAGAGGUGGAACGCGCGCUCAUGAUACGCAUCGCCUCCGAGGUGCCCGUGCUGCAGGACACGCUGCUGCGCGUGCUGCUCAUCGGCCUCUCCAAGACGCACCCGAUGCCGGCGGCCAACGCGCUUGAGGUGGCCGAGAACCUGGUGAAGCGCUCUGCGCUGUGUCACCUGCACACGGAGAGCGGCACCACCACCGGCGGCCUGCAGCUGGACAAGCUGGAGAUGGUCGACCUGCUGUUCAACCUGACCGUCUACCACCAGCCGGAGCACAUGGCGCUGCCCGAGGGAUACAUGCCGCCGCAGCUGGCCAUUCAGGAGCGCUACUGGCGGGUCUGGACCAUCCUGCUGGUCGUCAGCGCGCACAACCCCACCAACUUUGGCAAGGUGGCCUGGGAGCACUACCCCACGCUCAAGAUGCUGAUGGAGAUGUGCAUCACUAACUCGUUCCGUUUUCCGCCGCCGACGAUGGUAUCCCCGGAUCGGGCCGACGACCCGCUGGCCAGCGAGCUCCAGCUAGCCGCCAUGGAGGGACGACAGAUCCUCGAGUAUGAGUCGCACCUCGCAGCCGCCUCCACGGGCCAGACCAUUACAGAGUCCAACAGCCUGCUGCUGACUCAGCUCAUCACCCUGGACCCCACUGGGCCGUGCCGCCGGCCGCCGGCCGCCGUGCUCGAGCAGCUGUCCCAGCUGAACGCCCAGCUGCGGCUCGGACAGCUGCUCUGCACCUCCCGGGAGCCCGAGUUUCUGCUGGACAUUCUGCAGCGCCAGGGACCCAACCAGAGCAUGCCCUGGCUCUCCGACCUGGUGGAGAACAACGAGGGAGCCUUCAGUGUUCUGCCGGUGCAGUGCCUCUGCGAGUUCCUGCUCACUCAGACAGUGGGCGCCGUGGACGAUCUGGGUGUGGGCCGGCCGCCGGCGCCGGCGCGCCACCAUCAGCUUCUGUCGCACCUUCAGCGGCUGGUGCGGCACCCCGGCCACGACCAGCGCGCCAACUUUGAGCUGGUCGAGUACUUCCUGCGCCGGCUGAGCUCGCAGCAGCGACAGGCGCGCCUGCAGGCCGCCAAGGGGUUCGAGCUGGUGCUGCAGCCGCCGGACGCGCCGCCGGCCGACCCCCGCGAGCCCUACAGCUGGUUACUGCGCCACCUGCCUGCGGUGCCCAACUUCCCGCACCUGCGCCAGGGCGCCAUACAGGGACUGCGCAUCGCCUGCCACUACGAGACGGAGCCCGGCCUGGUGGGCGCCUACAUCCAGUUUCUGGCGGCGCACGGCUCUGGUGACCCGCUGCCCGAGCUGGCCGAGACGGUGGUGGACCUGGCGCAGCUGCUGGUGGAGCGCAGCACCAUCGUGACGGCGCUGCUGCCGGCCGAGCCGGGCCGGCCGGACGCCGACUACGUCACACUGCGCGCCCUGCUGCACAUCUUCAACACCUACAUGCAGCUGGUGACGGGUCCGUCGGCCGGCGCCGGCUACGACCGCUCCGAGGCCGGUGACGUGGUGGUGGUGUGCUGGCCGUCCGGACGUAAGGCGACCAUCAACACACUGGUGGUGCAGGCCACCGUCAUCCUGCUCACCCACCAUCCGGGCGCAGAGCGGCACCUGUUUGACCAGCUGCUGGAGCUGUGGUUCCCGGCGGCUGGCCCGGCGCCGCGCGCCCUCGACUCGGAGGCGGCGCUCUUCCAGGACUGGCUGAAGCUGCGUAUGAUCCGCAGUAGCACGGCCCGACUGGUGGACGCCGCUCUGGCCGGCCUCGAGCCGGCCCAGCUGCUGCUCUUCAUACAGAGCUUCGGCGUGCCCGUGGCCAGUAUGACUAAACUGCUGCUGGCGCUGGACGCGGCCGUGGCGGCCGACCCUGCGGCCGUGACCGGCGCCGUGCUGAACCGCGAGUUCAUGGCGCAGCUGGUGGAGGUGCAGCACCAGCGCGGAGCGCGCGGCGGCCACCAGUUCGCCGCCAUCCUCGGCACGGACGCCGAGAAAAAGUCACCCGAGCCGGUGCUGGAGCCGCCGUCGCCGACCCGGCCGCCGCCGGUGGCCGUUAGCCGGCCGCUGACGGCUCUGGCGCCGUCUCAGGUGCUCUGGUUCGUACGCGAGCUGUUCUCGGACCAGCCGGAGGCUACGCAUCAGCACCAGCUGCGCAGCCUGCAGAGGUGUAUCUCGAUGGAGGCUCGCGAGGUGGGCCGUCUGGUGACAAAGGCCACCAUCAGCGCGCUGCUGCAGCUGCUGCGGGAGGGCGGCGGUGCCGCGUUCCUCAGCCAGCUGCACCGGCGGCCCACGGUGGCCUGCUGCCUGCUGCGGCUGCUCACCGCCGUGGUGCGACCCGACUCGUCGCUGAGCGCCGACCUGACGGCCGUGUGUGAGGCCAUCGGCUCGGGCUCGCCGCCGCCGCCGCCCGGCCCCCUGGCGUCCAUCUGCGAGGCGUACCUGCGCCGGCAGCGGCGGACGACGGCGUCCGAGCUGGCGCCGCCGCCCGGCCAGCUGACCAGGCACCAGCUGACGCAGCUACUGAGCGGCACGGCGCCGUCGCGCGCCGAGUCGACCGUGCGCCGUCUGGUGGACCGGUGUCUGGCCGCCGACCGGACCCCGCACCUGGUGGCCGCCAUCUCACACUGUCUGCUGCAGCACAACGCGGCCGGCGGCCGGGCGGGACUGAAACGGACCCACGAUCAGGCGGACCGGUCGCCCGGUGACGCCGCCGGGGACGGUGCGCCGGCCGGCCUCAGUCCCGGCCAGGUGGGCCUGCUGGUCGACUGGCUCGAGCUGCUCGAGCCAGAGGUCAUCUCGUCGUGCCCGGACACUCAGCUGCAGAUGCUGUUCUCGUCGAGCGGCGGCGGCGGCGGUGGCGGCCAGCCCGGUAACCGGGCCUAUCUGCUGGCGCUGCUCACUCACCACGCCAGCUGGGCCACGCUGCACACCACCAUCGACGUCCUGCUCGGAACUGACUGCGACAAGUACGACCCGACGGUGGUGUUGGACUUCCUCUGGGCGUGUCUGUUCGUGCCGCGCCUGUGGCAGGGCCAGGACAAGUCGGUGUCGCCGCGUCAGGAGAGCGCCGACAUGCUGCGGCUCUCUGCCGACCAGAUGGUGAGCCUGGUGCGGCACGUGGUGCGCGAGCAGGCCGGUGCCGCGGCGCCGGUGGACGUGUCGGCCCGGCUGCCGCUGCUGCUGCGCUGCUGCCGGCGCCGGCCGCCGCUGGUCGCCGCCGCCGUCUCGCACCUGGAGCAGACGCGCGCCGGCGGUGGGCCGCGCGCCGCCGCCGCCGGCCGCCUGCUGCUGGAGCUCUACCUGCAGCUGCCGCACGUGAUCGCGCUGCUGGACGGCGGCGGCGAGCUGCUGGAGUCGGCGCCGCUCGACGGCGGUGUCAGCGUACUGGACGCCCUCUCCCACACGCUGCUCACGUCUAUCGGGGCCACCCGGCCCGGCAAGGAGUGGAUCACUCAGAUGCGCGACUUCGAGAUCUCACUGCGAAAGAUGGCCGCCACCCACCCGAUGCUGCUGCUCAGGCAGCUGCCGAUGGUGGCCUCGCUGCUGCGCGGCCGCACCCACCUGGAUGGGCCCGUGUUCCGGCAGCGCAACCACGCCGUGCUGUUCGCCAAGCUGCUCGGGGUGCUGGAGCUGCUGCAGCCGCAGGUGUACCUGUCGCACCACCGCGCCGCCCUGCUCGACAUCCUCGACUCCUACUGCCAUAUGCUGCAGAGACAAAACCUGAAGGAGGUAACGGCCAUGGUGCCGCGGAUAGCGGUCAUACUCAACAACUUCCUGUCGAGGGCACCGGCAGAGGCCUCGCAGUUCCUGCACAAGUACUCGGAGCUCAUCAUGUCGCUGGCGUCCCGGUUCCCCGACCAGCCGCUGCUGCGCACGCUGGCCUCGUACGUGACGUCGGCGGGCGGCGGCGGCGGGCCGCCCCCGCUCUCGACGGGCGCCGACGCGGCGCCGUCUCCCGCCCAGCUGGCCGGCCUGAUGAUGAAACUGAACAGCGCGGAGAGCUCUGACGAGCUGGCGGCCGUGCUGCAGGACCUGGACACGCUGGCCGCCCGGCGCGUCGGGGUGCUGGAUAAGUUCGUGGACAACCUGUGCGACCUGCUGUCGAGCUGCGGCGCGCCGGUGCGCGAGCUGGCCCACUCGCUGCUGCUGCGCUACCUGCAGCAGACGCCGGCCGCCGCCGACCGCUGCGUCUCGGCCUACUUCGAGUGCCUGGACAGCGGCGACGAGUGCGUGCGCGCCAUGGUGCUGGACCGGCUGCCCGAGAUCGUGGUGCUGGCGCAGGAGCACGCCAGCCAGCUGAUGCAGAAGGCGUUCGACGUGGCGAUCGCCACCAACAUCGGCACGGCGUCCUAUAUCAGCGACGCUAUGGCGCUCCUGAACGUACAGACCGGGGCGUGAGCGGCCGACUGCGCCCCUUCCCUACCCCUCCCUUACCGCGCGCUGUGUUCGGGCCCGUGCGACUUGUAUCAGAAAUACACAUGUAAAAAAGAUCUGUAUCGCUGAGUAAUGUCGGCUCAGGCCCCGACGGCGUGUCCAGUCGAUAACCUCAUCGCCUUCGCAGUUACUAUGCCAUGUGGUGGUACUUAUGAGGUAGGAUGGCUUAUUUGGAAGGGUUUUCGCAAUCAGCAUGCGCUGUUC